AUCACCCAGCAUUACUGAAUGAAACUCCAGUACCCAGUACAUGCUGCUCGAAUACAUCACAUGUCAUUUUAGUGGGUUAAACUGCAAAAGCGGAUACGUCGUUGCAACUGCAUUGACUCAAUAAAAGAAAAUAGAUGUCUUAGUCAUGUAAAAAUGCCGCCCACCACCAAUCUCCGAGUCCUCGCUGUCUCCCUGCUCUCCCUCCUUACUGUCCCACUUGCUACUGUUGUGGAGACCUCUCCGUCCCCACCUCCUCAGCACCUAGAUCGCUCAGGGAGACCGUUCACCGAGGAGCCCAAGACUGGCUCCAGCUCUUCUCUCCUGCUCCUUGCCAUCCAGGCCAACCUCAGGCCAGCUGCUCUCCGAGGCAGGACCAAAACUCCGGAGACACUUCCAGAAACCACAGAGGAAGUUCUAGAGACGCCUCCAAAACCCCUGCCCCAGGUAAUGUUCCCCAAGAAUGUAACUUCAGCAGAGGCCCUCGCACCUCCCUUAGGUGCAGCCCAGGUAGCACCUAUCCCACCUCGCAUGAUGGAUGUAUGGAUGGAUGUAUGUCGGGGUUAUUAUGACGUCAUGGGACACUUUGACAGCGCUUUCAACUGUUCAAAGGACACCUUCAUCUAUUGCUGUGGAACCUGCCACUACCGCUUCUGCUGUCCAGAGCGAAGUCGGCAACUGGAGCAGGACAGCUGUAAAAACUAUGACUCUCCAGACUGGGCCAAGCCACAGACAGAAGCUAUGAUUAUACCAGAGGAAUUCGGAAAUGACCCAGACUUUGAUCCACUGAAGCAGCAGAGCCACAACACAGGCUUUGUCAUCGGUGGCGUGGUUGUGUUUAUGGUAGCUGUUGCAGUAGGCAUCAAGGUGGUCUUCAACAAGGUGCAACAGGAAGCCAACCAACGGGACCUGAAUAUGCCCAGAGCCCUGGUGGACAUGUUGCGGCACCAGUCGAGCCCGGUCCAGCAGGAUGAGAGAAACAACAGUGUGGCUCUGGCUGUAGGAGAUGGCCAGGGGACACUGGGGAGACCUCCAAAAAAUCUCUACGCCCCAGGACUACCAAGCAAGGACAACAGAUUGGGCAAUUUGCAACACAAUUUCAUCCACUCAUCAGGCUCCAGCCCCAAGCACACUGCAACUAUCGAACGCACACCUCGAAUGAACAAUGCUCAGCUGGCAGCUGGAGGCACCCUGCUCUCCAGCAAGCACAACAACACCAAAUCCCAGCCUUCCUUCCACCACUCCCUGCACAACCUGGCCCAGCUGCCGCCCUCCUAUGAGAGUGCCACCAAGCCUGAGCUCAACAGAUACUCCUCACUCAAACGCCUCGAGAAAGGUCUUGAUGAGUACUCAUCUGGUUACUGUACCACCAAGCGCCGGCCUCACACAGCCCAGCCGGCCCUACAGUCCUCUCAGCACCACCUCCACUGGGGUGGAGACUACACCCUCAGUGGACGAGGGACCCUUCCCAGACAUGCGGCUCGACCCUGGAUUCCACCACCACCUUCUGGCAUGCCUGCCUCACCCACUCCCAAUCCUUACCCUCUGGAUCCUCCGGAGCCCCAAUACAACCCCAACUACGACACUCUCUCCAAGCCUCCGAGAAAAGUUAAGUCUACUGACCAGCUGCUCAACAUGGGUGACGUCCCUGGAAACACUGGGACCCUGUCCCGGCUGUCCAAGAAUCAGCAACACCAGUACUAUAAAGCCAUGGCUGCCUCCAAUAAGAACUCCAACACACAGACGCUCACCAGGAAGACCCAGGACAGGCAGGACAGGCAGGACAGGCAGGACAGGCAGGAGAGGCAGGAACGGCUGCUCAUGUCCCCAGACCACUUGGAGGAGAGAAUGGGGGUUGGUGGAAUGGGUGUUGUAGACCCGUAUGCCCACACGGGAAGCGGAAUCGUCCCCACCCUGCCUCGCCAGCAGAAGGCCCAAUCCCAGCAGAACGUCUGUGCCACGCCUUCCCUUGACCGGCACCACAUGAUCAAGAUGAACUCUCAUCCCACGUCUGGACGGGAGCAGGAAAGGAACACGCCCAUGACGGGGCACAUGAGCGGGGGCAUGGGCUGGGCGGGGGAGGUGCCCGGAGCCGGCGUAGUCAUGGGAACGGGAACACUAGGGGGCCACAGCGCCCGGAGGAUGGCUUUUGCAGCAAAACGGCAGAACACCAUUGAGCAGCUACAUUUCAUUCCCGGAGGGGGCGGUGGGGGGUCAGCAGGGAGCGCAGGAGGAGGUAGUCAGGGGAUCAGGACGGGGAGUAAAAAUGAGGUGACGGUGUGA